CGGUUCGGUUUCUGUUGCGGAACUCGCGGUGUCUCCUAGCGCAACCGGAACUAGCCGUCGCGGGGCUGGCCUCCCUCAUCUCCGGCGGCCUUGUCGUCGCCUCGGAGCCUCCCUGUCCCUCCUUCCCUCUUCACUCCCUAAGCUCGGCUGCCCUUUCCCCGAAACAGCCGUCAUGAGCGCGAGGCUCUCGGCGUCGUCUCCACCUCGGUGGCCGCGGCUGUUGCUGCUGUCGCUGCUCUUCCUGGGGGCGGACCCGGGCCCGCGCCGAGGAGCCGCUUUCUACCUGCCUGGCCUGGCGCCCGUUAACUUCUGCGACGAAGGGAAAAAGAGCGACGAGUGCAAGGCUGAAAUAGAACUAUUUGUGAACAGGCUUGACUCAGUGGAAUCUGUUCUUCCUUAUGAAUAUACAGCGUUUGAUUUUUGCCAAGCAUCAGAAGGAAAACGCCCAUCUGAAAAUCUUGGUCAAGUGUUAUUUGGGGAAAGAAUUGAACCUUCACCAUAUAAGUUUACAUUUAAUAAGGAGGAGACCUGUAAGCUUGUUUGUAUGAAAACAUACCAUACAGAGAAAGCUGAAGACAAACACAAGUUAGAAUUCUUGAAAAAAAGCAUGUUACUAAAUUAUCAACAUCACUGGAUUGUGGAUAAUAUGCCUGUCACAUGGUGUUACGAUGUUGAAGAUGGUCAGAGGUUCUGUAAUCCUGGAUUUCCUAUUGGCUGUUACAUUACUGAUAAAGGCCAUGCAAAAGAUGCCUGUGUUAUUAAUUCAGAAUUCCAUGAAAGAGAUACAUUUUACAUCUUCAACCAUGUUGACAUCAAAAUAUAUUAUCAUGUUGUUGAAACCGGGUCCACAGGAGCAAGAUUAGUGGCUGCUAAACUUGAACCAAAAAGCUUUAAACACACCCAUAUAGAUAAACCAGACUGCUCUGGACCCCCCAUGGAUAUAAGUAACAAGGCUUCUGGGGAGAUCAAAAUUGCCUAUACUUAUUCUGUUAGUUUCCAGGAAGAUAAAACUAUCAGAUGGGCAUCUAGAUGGGACUAUAUUCUGGAAUCUAUGCCUCAUACACACAUUCAGUGGUUCAGCAUAAUGAAUUCCCUGGUUAUUGUCCUCUUCUUGUCUGGAAUGGUAGCAAUGAUUAUGUUACGGACACUGCACAAAGAUAUUGCCAGAUAUAAUCAAAUGGAUUCUACGGAGGAUGCCCAGGAAGAAUUUGGCUGGAAACUAGUUCAUGGUGAUAUAUUCCGUCCUCCAAGAAAAGGGAUGCUGCUAUCAGUCUUUCUAGGAUCCGGGACACAGAUUUUAAUUAUGACUUUUGUGACUCUAUUUUUUGCUUGCCUGGGAUUUUUGUCACCUGCCAAUCGAGGAGCACUGAUGACAUGUGCUGUGGUCUUGUGGGUGCUGCUGGGCACGCCUGCAGGCUAUGUUGCUGCCAGAUUCUAUAAGUCCUUUGGAGGUGAGAAGUGGAAAACCAAUGUUUUAUUGACAUCAUUUCUUUGUCCUGGGAUUGUUUUUGCUGACUUCUUUAUAAUGAAUCUGAUUCUCUGGGGAGAAGGAUCUUCAGCAGCUAUUCCUUUCGGAACAUUGGUUGCCAUAUUGGCCCUUUGGUUCUGCAUAUCUGUGCCCCUGACAUUUAUUGGUGCAUACUUUGGUUUUAAGAAGAAUGCCAUUGAACACCCAGUUCGAACCAAUCAGAUUCCACGUCAGAUUCCUGAGCAGUCGUUCUACACAAAGCCUUUGCCUGGUAUUAUCAUGGGAGGGAUUUUGCCCUUUGGCUGCAUCUUUAUACAGCUUUUCUUCAUUCUGAAUAGUAUAUGGUCACAUCAGAUGUAUUACAUGUUUGGUUUCCUGUUUCUGGUGUUUAUCAUUCUGGUUAUUACAUGUUCUGAAGCAACUAUACUUCUUUGCUAUUUCCACCUAUGUGCAGAGGAUUAUCAUUGGCAGUGGCGUUCAUUCCUUACCAGUGGCUUUACUGCAGUUUAUUUCUUAAUAUAUGCAAUACACUACUUCUUUUCAAAACUGCAAAUCACAGGAACAGCAAGUACAAUUCUAUACUUUGGUUAUACCAUGAUAAUGGUUUUGAUCUUCUUUCUUUUUACAGGAACAAUUGGCUUCUUUGCAUGCUUUUGGUUUGUUACCAAAAUAUACAGUGUGGUGAAGGUUGACUGAAGAAACCCAGUGUGUCCAGUUAAAACAGAAAUAAAUUAAAUUCUUCAUCAACAAA